CGAGGGGCACCUGCAGAAAUAAGACCAAAACAUGCUAAAUCAAAUCUGAUCUUGGAGGCAACUGGACUGGCGAGAGAGAGAGAGAGAGAGAGGGAGAUGUCAAAAGUAGAGACUAGGCAUGAGGGGAGAGGGGCAGCUGGCUGCUGAUGGAUGCUGUUCUGUCAUCUUUCGGGUGAAGCACCGCACCGCACCAGGCCUUAUUUUCCUUAUCCAGGCUGUCUAUCUCUAUUCUAUCAGAUCAAAUGUAUCCGAAGAAAUCCUCAUUUUGGGAUGAGGCAAAGCAAUGCAAGCAUCUCAAGAAAUCUCCAAUUCUCCUCCAGAUGAUGAUGCUCCCCAAAUCUCUCUCUCUCUCUCUCUAUAUAUAUAUAUAUAUCUAUCUAUCUAUCUGUCUGUCUAUACAAUGCAUUUGUUCGUAUGCAGAAACUGUCUCUGUGUAGUAUUUAUUUCAUUUACAUCCGAAUAUUCUCUAUAUGGUGUUCCAACUUCAUAGAUAAUAUUAUACUUCUAAGUUGCUUAGGAUUUACAGGUGUUCUUACCUUCCGUUACAAAUGAGACUACGCUUGAGUGACUAGUUGUGAAGUAGCCGAAUUUUGUCCAUUUUAAGUUUCUUGCUUCUCUUUUUCAAUUAUUCAAGCAUUUCUUUCCAGAGUAUUUAAUUCGAUUGUAUGUGGAGUAUUUCCAUGUGAAGUUCAUUAUUUUCCAAGUGAUUUAUGCAUAGCAGCAUUGGAAUGAAACAGUGGUUCUCACAGAUUCUGUAGUAAGACAUCCUUUCCUGGAAGAGCCAAUUUUGUAGAAAUGCAAUUAUAUCUUUGUAUAAUUUAUUACCAUUUUAUUGCACAGUACUUAUUUAUUUACUUGAGGAUUCUUUUUCAAGUGAACGACAGGGCAAAUCCUUUCAAUUUGACAUCUUUUACUGAACAAAUUAUAAGAUUAAACUCUUGAAAGACGUAUCCCUAUUUGAUACCCAAAACGACAUGGCUUAUGACUGCCUGUUCACUCCUGAAAUGUUAAAUGGUUAAUCAAGUUGAACUUGGAGUGAGCAUUCUGGGAUUUAGACCACUAGUGUAAUAUGUUUGGCAUAAAAUUUCCUAGUUCCGGAUGGCCUGGAUGAGCUUCCUACUGAUAUGUAUGCCAUCUUAUCUUAUUAGAACAUCUUCAUUGUAACAUCUUAUUAGGACUCUGGCAGGCUUGAUGUUCAUUACACAGAUUAAAUCCUGCUGACUUGUGGCAGGUUCGAUGUUCUAUUCUGUUAACUCACUGGAUUUACCUUUUCUACCUCAACAGAGUUAUGCUGAAGACCUCACAAUGUGCCUGUUGCAUCUAUUUGCUAGUAUCAAAAACCUUGAAAACCCAGUUAUAAGAAGACGCAAAACAACAUUGCAAGCAUCUCACGAAAUCUCCAUUUCUCCUCCGGAAGUUGAUGGUCCCCAGGUGAUCUUGAAACUGGGAUUCGCAUGGGAGUUGUAAAUUCAGGAACAAGUUGCUCAGAUCUCUCUCUUCAAAUAACUCCUAGACCCAUAGGUUUAGGAAGUAGCCUCAGUGGAAAAGGCUUAUUGCAGUCUCAGGAUGCUAUGAAUGGUGGUACUUCAUCCAAGGGCUUUCUUCAGACUUUAAGCUUGAUGAAGAAGUUCAUGGAAUGUGAUGGUGAAAGAAGCCCUCUCCCAAAUUCAGAGCCUGCACCAAACCUGCCUCCUCCUGUUUCCAGAUCUGUUUCAGGAAGUACAUCACGUAGAGGGUCAGUUCAAGCUCUGGUUUCAAGGUCUCUUUCUGUUCCUGGGCGAAAUUAUGUUAUUGUGAGAUCAUUUCUUUUGCUACCCAUGAAGAUAAUGGCCAAACUGAUACUUCUGAUGCUUUACUUCUUUGGAAAUCAGAUGAAGUAACUCCUGUUCUGUUGGAGGAGAAUGAUGAGGAGAUUCCUGAAGAGGAAGCAAUAUGCGAGAUUUGUCAUGGGGCAUGUGAUGAAGGAAAUACACCCAAGACGGAAUGCAGUUGCAAAGGUGCCCUUAGAGUUAUUUGCGAAGAAUAUGCUGUAAAGUGGUUUAGGAUGAGAGCAAAUAAGCAAUGUGAUGUUUGAGGGAAAGAAGUCUUCAACUUACCAGUAAUAUUGCUUCGAGCACCUACUUCCUUGCAAAGAAACAAUAUGUUGGACCAUAAUCAACAAGAUAUGAAUUCAGAAAGCAUGGGGUGAUAAAAGUAAAGUGCAAAGUUUCACCUGGUGCCAUAAAGCAUGAAUUGUGCCAUUCUGAUGAUUUAUUUGCUGACAGUCCUGUUUCAUAUUGAUGCAACACAGUCAGUUCAAGCUCCAGAAUCGAGGUUUCUCUCUAAUGAUCAUUCAGAAAUAAUCAGGACUUUGUGACACUCGAGCUGAUUAGCUCAUUUCGCUGUUUCUUCUUUCUUGAGUUCCUACUGAUAUUGAUCAAGUAUGUAAGCACAUAUGCGACUCUUCAAUUUGCACUUGUGCCUCGUGGCUGUGAUUCUUUUCCUCUUGCAUUCCUUCGAGAAGGGUAAUUUUGAGAAACACGGCGUGCCAAAAGUAUUAAGUGAAAUUGGGUUGAAAUUGAGGGGCGCCUGUGGAAUUAAGUCUAAAACAAACUGAAUCAAAACCGCCCAUGGAGGCAACUGAACUGGCGCGCGCGCGCGCGAGAGAGAGAGAAGACGUCGAAAGUAGAGAGUAGGCAUGACGAGAGAGAGAGAGAGAGGAAGGGAGAGAAAGGGGCAGCUGGCUGCUGCUGAUGAAUGCUGUUCUGUCGUCUUCCGGGAGAAGCACCGCUACGCACCGCCAAGCCGUAGUUUUCCAAUAAACCCACCCACUGCUUCUCUCUCUUCGAUCAUAUGUAUCCCUUUUGGGUGUGAAUCGAAGGCCAUUUCUUCGUCGCUCCCCUCUCCGACUGCUUCAAUCUUUCCCAACUUCAUCCUUUAUUUCACUUCUCCAAUUCUCUCAUAAAUUGCUCUUUCGUUUUCUCGGAAAAUCUCGACAACCGGAAAACCCAGUUGUAAGAAGACGCUAAACAACAAUGCAAGCAUCUCACGAAAUCUCCAUUUCUCCUCCGGAAGUUGAUGCUCCCCAGGGUGAUCUUGAAAGAACUCUUCUCCUAAAUUCAGAGCUUGAGGAAGUCCUAGAAAAUCCUGUUUUGGCACCUGUUGGGCCUGCAUCAAACCUGUCCCCUUCUGCUUCCGCACCUGUUUCAGCAAGUACAUCGAACACGGUGGUUCACGCUCUAGAAUCAAGGUUUCUCUUUGCUGAGCGUAUAGAAAUAUUGAGUGCGUUGGAGGAAUUUGGAGCCCUCGUGCUGAUUAGCUCAUUCUGCUAUUUCUUCUUCCUUGAACUGCCAUUGGUUGACGAGAUGCGAAUUGAAAUGUUGUUGGUUGCUGUUAUCUUGGGCAUUUUGUCAUCUACACUUGCACUCCUAUUUGCGAUGAGGUUCAUGUGGAUAUAUGUGGCUCUUGAAUUUGCACUUGUGGCUGUGAUUCUUUUUGUCUUUCAUUCCAUGCUUCAUUUGAAGCCACUUUGGGUAACAAUAGUGGGAUCUUCGAUUCUGGCUUUUGCAAUUUCAAUAAGCCUCAGCUCCAUGUAUAUUCAACACCAUCGCCGGACAAUUGAAGCUUCUGAAAUUUAUAGCCCUGUCUAAGCUCAUUUCGAGAAGAAAGAAAGCCACAGUGAGUUCAACAGUACCAGCCGUCAAAACUAGUGGCCAGAUUCUGCUCAUAAAACAAUUGGUCAAGUGUGCUCAUAAUGGUGUCUUCGCUGCUCAACGCUACCUACUUUUGAGAGUCAGAGAAUGUUGUAUUUUUAUGCAGUCUACCUUUUUACUUGUCAAUAUUUAUGUGAGGUUUUGAAAUAUGUCAGGGAGCAGACGUCUUUCAAUUAACUUUUGGAAAGUCACUUGAGCAGCUUCUAGAUGAUGUCCUAGAUCAAUUUGAAGGAUUUUGUUAUAGGCUUAUUCCUGAUGUUAGAUUUAGUUGGAUGAGAAGAAAUGGCUAAAUCUUUAACAACCAAUCUCUGUAUGGAGACUAUUUUGUCCAAUCAAAUCCAUUUUCACAGGUCAAA